AUGCAUUGUAUUCAUUUCAGAACGCGUCAUGUAUCUACUCAAGGUAACCUAAACGCAUUGUGUCUCGCCUCUAAACCCAUAUUUUGUCCAACAUUUAUCGUGAUGAAAGGGGACUUACAUGCAAUCAUACGUUCUAAAUUUGUGGUGUCGCGUUUAGGACGAGAAAGACUGAAUAUGAUGGACGAAGCUACACAUGUUGACUAUUCAUUAUCGGAUAUCAGGAAUCUUAUAGACAACCAUCAAGGAAUGAUCAACAAAUUGGAUGAAAACAUCUAUUGCAUGUCACCUUUAAUGACUGAGGUUUAUAAGGGGAAUUUUGAAGCUGUUUCGUUGUUAUUGCAAUAUGAAUACAUAGACAUCAAUAUAAGAAACAAGUACGGACAUUCUGCAUAUUUCUAUUGUCUUAAUCCAAGGGAAAAUGUGAGUGAACAGUCAAAGUUGAAGUGUCUAAAACUUUUACUCAAAGCUGGGGUACAAAAUUUAUAUUGUGUUCAAGAAGGUCAUAACUUUACGCCGCUGAUGAUUGCUGCAAAAAGUUGUGAUGACGUAUGCCUCAAUGAAAUAAUCAAGACAGGCUAUAGUAAUAAUGCGAAAGUGUUGAAUGAUUUUGAUCUUGACAGUGAAGAUGAGGUCCUAUUAGAAAACAAUUAUUAUGAAGAAUAUUUUUAUGAUAGUCAUUAUGAUAUCGGUGAUGACGAUGAUAUCGAUGAUGAUGUUACAUUAAUUGACGACUAUACCAGUAUGGAUAUUAAGAAACGAAACGUUGAUUUUUAUACAUACUGUCAUGUUUAUAAGAAAAUAUGGAAGGCAAGUAAUGAUUUUUGGGAUUUUGGAAAUAGAAAAACAGCCUUUCAGCUUUGUUUGAAAGCAAGAGAUAUACCGGUCGAGAAGCAAUUGGCUUGUUUACAAUUACUUGUAGAAGCUGGCGCAUCAUAUGUGACACAUUUAAAUGGAUAUCAGUUACGGCCAAUUACAAUAGCUAUUGGUAGAUAUUCUGCAGUAGAUCCAUGUGUUAUUAAAUAUCUCAUAUCAAUCGGCUGCUAUCUUGAUCAUCAGAGGGAUUUUGAAAGAGCUGUAUGUUACAUGCACUUGGAAAUUGCUCAACUGCUUAUCAAAGAGGGAAGCGAUCCCCACUUGUUGAGUAAAAACAACCAAAAUAUUUUACAUAUAUUAUUUAUGUGGGAUAAUUUGAGUUUCUUCGAACAUGAUGAAGUGUAUGAAAAAAUGAAGAAAAUGUUAUGGUUUUUAGUACAGGAAUUGAAAAUAGACAUAAAUGCUGUUGAUGAUUGUGCCGUUUCUAUAUUUUCACUGGUAUUUUUAAAUUUUGUCAAAGGAAUUUCAUUCCCUUUUCUGUAUCUGAUGUCCGAGAAUAUAAACUAA